AUGGCCUCGACCAAACAGGUCCCAAUUCCGGGUCCCAAGGGUGUCCCAUUCUUGGGAAACGUCUAUGACAUCGAGUCUGAGCUACCCAUAAACAGCUUCGAGCAGAUGGCCGAUAGCUAUGGUAUGGACCUUGACCUGCACGAACAAGUAGACGAAGCCUGCGAUGAGGAACGCUUCAGCAAAAUGGUCUCCGCUGGUUUACGUGAGAUCCGCAACGGUAUUAAUGACGGUCUCUUUACAGCGAACUAUCCUGGUGAAGAGAACUGGGCCAUUGCGCAUCGCAUUCUUGUUCCUGCGUUUGGUCCGCUCAUGAUUCGCGGCAUGUUUGAUGAAAUGUAUGAUAUUGCCACUCAACUGGUUAUGAAAUGGGCUCGGGUUGGCCCUGCGGUUCCUAUCCAGGUCACGGAUGACUUCACCCGGUUAACGCUGGAUACAAUUGCUCUUUGCGCUAUGGGCACUCGAUUCAACUCGUUCUAUCAUGACGAGAUGCACCCAUUCGUUGAGGCAAUGGUUGGUUUGCUAGCUGGGUCUGGAAAUCGUGCUAUGAAGCCUGCUUUGUUAAACAGCCUACCCACUACGGAAAACAACAAGUACUGGAGUGAUAUAGAGUAUCUACGGAACCUAGCCCGGGAACUAGUCGAUUCGCGAAAGGAGAAUCCCGUCGAGAAAAAUGACCUCCUCAAUGCACUCAUCCUCGGUCGCGACCCGCAGACUGGCCGGGGUAUGACAGACGACUCAAUUAUAGACAACAUGAUCACUUUCCUCAUUGCUGGACACGAGACCACAUCUGGCAUGUUGUCAUUCUUAUUCUACUAUCUUCUCAAGAGCCCGAGCGCAUACAAGAAGGCCCAAGAAGAAGUCGACCAUGUGAUUGGCAAACGCAAGAUCACUGUCGAUGACAUGUCUAAGCUGCCAUACAUCACCGCUGUGAUGCGCGAGACGCUGCGUCUGAAACCAACAGCCCCAAUGAUUUCCCUGCACCCCCACCCUACUAAGAACCAGGAGGAUCCUAUUACACUUGGAGGUGGCAAAUAUGUGCUCAAUAAGGACGAGACCAUUGCACUCAUGCUUACCAAAAUGCACCGCGACCCGAAGGUCUACGGCCCCGACGCCGAUGAGUUCAAGCCAGAGCGGAUGCUUGAGGAAAACUUUGAGAAGCUCCCCAAGAACGCAUGGAAGCCAUUUGGAAAUGGCAUGCGAGGCUGCAUCGGACGACCGUUCGCGUGGCAGGAGGCUCUCCUUGUUGUUGCUAUAUUGCUGCAGAACUUCAAUUUCCAGAUGGACAACCCCAGUUACGAUCUCCGCAUCAAGCAGACCCUUACCAUCAAGCCCAAGGACUUCCAUAUGAAGGCUACCCUGAGAAAUGGACUUGACCCUACGCAACUCAACACUACUCUUAGUGGCUCUGUUGCUGCGCCCACAGAGACUGGUGCCGGUAGCCGGGAUCGUAAGCCCAAGGUCGCACCCGCGGAUGGCAAGCUAAAGCCGAUGCACGUGUUCUAUGGCAGCAAUACGGGAACUUGUGAGGCAUUCGCCCGCAGACUGGCUGAUGAUGCCACUGCAUACGGGUACGCUGCACAGACAAGCUCUUUGGAUUCAGCCAUGCAGAAUAUCCCCAAGAACGACCCCGUGGUAUUCAUCUCGGCUACCUACGAAGGAAAGUCUCCGGAUAACGCCGCUCAUUUCUUCGAGUGGCUCAGUGGGCUGAAGACCAACGACCUGGACGGUGUCAACUAUGCAGUGUUUGGAUGUGGCCACCAUGACUGGUCAUCAACCUUCUACCGUGUCCCCAAGGCCAUCGACCAGCUAGCCAAGGAGAAUGGAGCUAAUAGGCUCUGCGAUAUCGGUCUUGCUGAUGCAGCAAAUUCAGACAUGUUUACGGAUUUUGAUGGCUGGGGUGAGACCUUACUCUGGCCGGCUGUGAUGGCUAAAUUUGGUGGAGCUAGCCCUGAAAAUGCCGCCAAGACGAAGUCUUCAUUGCAGGUCGAAGUGAGCUCAGGCAUGCGCGCCUCUACCCUGGGUCUCCAGCUCGAAGAGGGCUUGGUCAUUGAGAACAAGGUCCUUACGCCGCCCGGAGCCCCGGCCAAACGAGUGGUCAAGUUCAAGCUGCCGUCUGAAAUGACCUACCAGUGCGGUGAUUACCUUGCAGUGCUGCCAGUUAAUCCGAGCUCUGUUGUCCGUCGCGCAAUCCGCCGCUUCGACCUCCCCUGGGACGCCAUUAUCAAAGUGCAGAAGCCCUCAGGCUCAACAGCUUCCCCCUCGAUCCCCCUCGACACGCCGAUCUCAGCCUUCGAGCUCCUAUCCACCUACAUCGAGCUAUCCCAACCCGCCUCGAAGCGUGAUAUUAACGUCCUAGCCGACGCUGCCAUUUCCGAUGCGGAACUUCAAGCUGAACUACGCUACCUCGCCUCCAGCCCCAGCCGCUUCACCGAAGAAAUCGUCAAGAAGCGCGUCAGCCCACUAGAUCUCCUAACUCGCUAUCCUCAAAUCAAGCUUCCCAUUGGCGAUUUCCUCGCAAUGCUUCCACCAAUGCGCGUGCGACAAUACUCCAUUUCCUCAUCACCGCUAGUCGACCCAUCCGAAUGUUCGAUAACCUUCACCGUCCUCAGCGCUCCGGCACUCGCCAAUGAUACCGCCGUAGUCAGCGAAAACAUCGAGCAAUACCUGGGCGUUGCAUCAAACUACCUCUCCGAGCUCCAAGCUGGCGAACGCGCACACAUUAGCGUCCGUCCCUCGCAUUCAGGCUUCAAGCCGCCAGUGGACCUCGAAACACCAAUGAUCAUGGCCUGUGCCGGUAGUGGUCUCGCACCGUUCCGCGGCUUUGUCAUGGACCGCGCGGAGAAGAUCCGCGGCCGCCGCAGCUCGCCUGACUCGAAUGAGUUGCAUGACAACGAGGCGAUCCUGCCCGCCAAGGCGGUGCUGUACAUUGGCUGCCGCACGCAGGGCCAAGAUGACAUUCACGCCGGCGAACUUGCAGAGUGGGCUAAGCUCGGCGCUGUCGAUGUCCGCUGGGCAUAUAGUCGACCCGCCGACGGAAGCAAGGGACAGCACGUUCAGGAUCUUAUGCUUGAGGACCGUGUGGAGCUGGUAAAAAUGUUUGAAGAAGGUGCCAACAUCUAUGUUUGCGGUAGCACUGGUGUUGGUGCUGGUAUUCGCGAGGCUUGCAAGCAGAUGUAUCUCGAGAAGCGCCGGGCGAGACACGCUGAACUUGAGGAGAAGGGCGAGACUCCACCCGGGGCUGAGCUUGAUGAGGAUAAGGCUGCUGAUCUGUUCUUUGAGAAUUUGCGAACAAACGAGCGGUAUGCUACCGAUGUGUUUACUUAG